AUGGAAUCCAACCCCUUAACCCAGGGGGACUCCAUAAUCACCCGAUUGGCCAUCACUCUCUUCGCGCCAACAGAUGAGGCGCUUGCGAAGCUUGAUGUCAAAUUGGAGGACUUGGCAAAGAUGACUUGGAUGCCUCGAAAAGCAUGGGUAGAAGAAAUGGUCAUCAUGACGCACAUUGUGGCGCCUCGUCUUAUAGACCCGCGGGAGAUAACGACGGAAGAGUCUGUGUUCCAGACGCGCAGCAACCAAGAACUGAAGAUAUACCGAGCUGGUCCUCCAGACCCGAAGCCCCCUGCAGACAAGAACGACGAAACGAACUCUCAAACGGAUAAGAACGGCGAAAAAGAUGAUCAGUCAUCCAGCCGCAGCAGCUCCUCCCGUGGCCGGCCAAAGGCCCGUGGUGGAGGCUCCCGUGAAUCCUCCACUUCGGGAGGCGGAGGCAGUGAAGGCAGCGGUUCUGCUGCAUCUGCAGGAAGAACACGGGGAACGGGGAACGCUGCAAGAAGGGAUGGUGCCGCAGGAGAGGAUGGGGAGGGCGCUGCAGCCUCAGGCGCGAAGCCCCCCCGUAGCCCCCGUCGGAGGACAGCUGAGCACGGGCGGGAAGAAGACGACGGCGAAGAGGAAGAGGAAGAGGAAGCGACGACUGGAACAGAAAACGAGAAUGCGAGCAGAGGAAUGCGGCGCACUUCAGAUCGGUCUCGCAUUCGGAAGGAAAGAGGAGGGGAAGGUCAAGAAGAGGAAGAGGAAGACAGGGAAUCGGAGAGCCAUGAAGAGGAAGGAGAACAUAAAAGAGGCCAAAAGAAACGCUCACGGGAUGCAGACGAUGACGAUGAUACUGAUGUAGACCCUACACAAGAAGUAAGUGAUGAUGAGGCUGACGAAGAGCACCCUCGCAGAAAUAUGGACAGGAACAGGCAAAGCCGACGUCGCUCCUCCUCACCACGGGCACGCUCGACCGAGGAAGUCGACGAUGUGUUAGAAAAAGAAGACGAAGAGGAUGAAGAGGAUGAAGAGGAUGAAGAGGAUGAAGAGGAUGAAGAGAGGGAGAACAGGCGUUCGGCAAGGGGGCGCCAAGGGCGGCGAGGGGUUUCUCGUUCACAGCCUGCUGCGGCUGGGGAGGAAGAAAACGACGCUGACAGAGACCUCAGUGAGGAUGAAUCUGAAGGGGAAGAUGAAGACGACAGCAAUGAGCAUGACAGUGAAGAAGAGGAGGAGGAAGAUGAAGAGGGAGUAGAGAAGAAGAAAAGGCCGAAUGAUGAAAGUAGAGAGGACGAAGAGGACGAAGAGGACGAAGAGGAAGACGAGGACGAGGAGGAAGAGAAAGAGGAAAAGGAAGCGAAGAAGAGGAAUAUGAACGAUGACAGUGAAGAUGAUGGCGAGGAGGAAGAGGAAGAAAAGAAGACAAAGCGCGCAGACUACGACAGCGAAGAGGAAGAUGAGGAAGAGGAAACGAAGAGGAACAGGAGCGAUGAGAGUGAGGACGAGUGGGAGGACAGUGAUGAAGCAGAUGAACAAGACGCAGCUGCAGCGGUUCGUCGUGACAGGAGGAAAAGAGAGGAGCGGGGCAGGCUAGACGACGACGAUGAGAACACGGAGGCAGAUUCAGAAGAUGACAACGAAGACAGUCUCCACGGAGAACGAAGCAGACAAAGGCAGAGUGCGGACUCCGAUUCAGCAGCCCGAGCCCCUGGCGCCCAUCACACCACCGCCACCACUACGCGAGUUCCCCGAUCCUCCCAUGCGCGCUCAUGGAGGACUACGCGACAAGGGGACGAACCUUCCGGGGCCUCAGAGGAAGAGAGGGGGAGAGGCGGGAGGGGGCGUUCUACAGCACCUGCAUACCGUCGUCCGCAAAGGACAGCACUGCGGUCUGGCCCCUCCGACGGGGAGGAAGACGGCGAAGGGAAGGACGGCAUUGCCGGGGCCUCCUCAACCGAUGAAAACGAAGAAGAUGAACAAGCGGAUGACAAUUCACAGUGGAGAACUCUCCCUUUCUUCAGGCGCAGCAGGCAGACUAGUUCUGCCUCCCGGACUUCUUCACCUUCUGCUGCUUUUGGAGGAGGGCCUCGCAAGCGGGUUAGAAGGGAACGUUUGUCAGAUCAGGCCUCAGACGAGGCAGCUGAUGACGCCACUUCCAGAGAGAAUAACACCACGCAGAGGGCUCCGCCGCUGCGAGGAAGAGGGAUCUCGUUUGAAGAAAUGCCUCCCCAACGUGCCUCUCGGCAGGGUGCACAGUCUUCUAGGAGCUUUGGGGGGCCCUCGACAGGCAGCAGACCUGGAGCCUCCUUACCCGCAGAGCGAAGCGGAAUUCUUUCCGGGAUCCCUGAGGGGAGAGAUGACGGUGAUGACGACGGAGAUCAAGAUUUUCAGGAGGGACGUGGAGGUGGCAUGUUGCAACGACGACUAAGUGAAAAGGAGAGCAGCAGCAGCAGCAGUACCCCUACCUCCCCACCCCUCCCCUUACGUACCAGCUCAAGUGGCAAUAUCGGACUCUUCAGCAGCUUUGCGCGGGCUAGCGAGGGGAACAUUACAACGAAAGGAACAUCUCAGCAGCCUACAUAUACACAGACUGUUGCCCCACAGGUAGCCACUUCAGUGACGGUUGCUGCACGAUAUCCCUCUUCCCGCCACACCACCAGCGGCAUCAAGAGCACUAGCAGGAGCGCUAGCAGCAUUAGCAGUAGAUGGAGGAGCAGCAGCGCUUCACUUAGAACUGCUGAAACCCCGCCAGUUUUGACGACUGCCACUGUCCAGAACUCUACAGACCCUGCGGGCGACAGGCGCGCUACAUCGACGGACCUCCAGCUCUCUACCCUCACAACGACCCCAACGCCAGAAGCUCGAAUCCGCACGAGUCCCAUCCCGUCCAGUUCACAGCGCCCAAGAACGGGAUACACCUCCUUGACUGUAGCGCCAACGCGAAGUGAUGUUGCCACGACGUCUCCGCUUCUCAGCGGCAUCAGCGCUCCCCAAGCAACCAUGACCGGCGCCUCAAGGCACAUCCAGCCACAUGCGGACUCCCCGAACUCCGCACGACCCAGACGCACAACGAAGGAGAAGGAGGAUGAAGAGAAAGAUGAGGAGGAUAGCAGUGAGAGCUCGCGCACAAGUGCAGCCCGUACACCACGGGGGUCUCAAGCUUACAGAUCGAGCUCUUCCACACGCGGCCCAAGAGGCGGCACUACGCUCACAACCACACGACCCAGACGCACAACGAAGGAGCAGGAGGAUGAAGAGAGAGAUGAGGAGGAUAGCAGUGAGAGCUCGCGCACGAGUGCAGCCCGUAUACCACGGGGGUCCCAAGGUGACAGAUCGAGCUCUUCUACGCGCGGUCCAAGAGGCGGCACUAUGCUGACAACCACACGACCGAGACGCUCAACGAAGGAGAGCGAGGAUGAAGAGAAAGGUGAGGAGGAUAGCAGUGAGAGCUCACGCACAAGUGCAGGCCGUACACCACGGGGGCAGCAAGGCGACAGAUCGAGCUCUUCUACGCGCGGUCCAAGCGGCAUCACGACGCUGACAACCACACGACCCAGGCGCUCAACGAAGGAGAAAGAGGAUGAAGAGAAAGAUGAGGGGGAUAGCAGUGAGAGCUCGCGCACGAGUGCAGCCCGUACACCACAGGGGUCCCAAGGUGACAGAUCGAGCUCUUCUACGCGCGGUCCAAGAGGAGGCACUAUGCUGACAACCACACGACCCAGACGCACAACGAAGGAGCAGGAGGAUGAAGAGAAAGAUGAGGAGGAUAGCAGUGAGAGUUCACGCACAAGUGCAUCUCGUACACCACGGGGGUCUCAAGGUGGCAGAUCGAGCUCUUCUACGCGCGGUCCAAGAGGAGGCACUAUGCUGACAACCACACGACCGAGACGCUCAACGAAGGAGAAG